CCAAGAUGUGUAGUUCUAGAUUCGGAAGGGUUCCAUUUCACAAAAUUUUGCUAGGUUCGUAAAACGGCUGGGCGGUGGGUGCUCCCACCAAUGAAAACCGCCUCAAGUAUGGUAAGAAAACGAAUUCCCAUCUUUGGUACCACCGGACGAUGAACAAUACUCCAGAAUUGUACAAUUACUUACAGGGACACUCGGACAGCCAGGUAUGCCCGCGGGAAACCGGUGAGCGGCGGGGUUGCGCCAGUAUUGCAAAGUUUCCGGCCGAAAGUUUGCUAAACUUUACCACAGAGGGAUGGAGGGGCAGCGGCCUUCUGAUUGGACCGUCUCUCCGCGGACAGGCAGUCUGAGGGAAAAGUCGGCGGGGUGAACAAGGGGAAUGGGACUAGGGUGGGUUCCAUGGACACGCCCUAUGUUGACAGUGGUUGUCUUCUCGGCGGCGAUUGCCUUCGCCGUGCUUGAGUCACCAUUCUUUCACUUAAAUAUCCCGGCUCGGCUUCCUUCUUUCCUCCCUUGUUCUUAAGACUAUCCUUCCGCCUCUUUCUCUCUCUCUCUCUCUGUGUCCUAACUUGUUCAAUUCGGACAACUUUCUCUCACAAUGGCUUCUCAGCAGAACGGAACCAACGGGGCUUCUGCCUCUAACGACUUCACCGUCAAGGCCGGUCUGGCCCAGAUGUUGAAGGGUGGUGUGAUCAUGGACGUGGUCAAUGCGGAGCAGGCUCGCAUUGCCGAAGAGGCCGGUGCUGCCGCCGUUAUGGCCCUCGAGCGUGUCCCCGCCGAUAUUAGAGCCCAGGGUGGCGUAGCCCGCAUGUCUGACCCCAGCAUGAUCAAGGAGAUCAUGGAGGCCGUUACCAUCCCUGUUAUGGCCAAGGCCCGCAUUGGACACUUCGUUGAAUGCCAGAUCCUCGAAGCCAUUGGCAUCGACUACAUUGAUGAAUCCGAAGUCCUCACCCCCGCCGACGACAUCUACCACGUUACCAAGCACAACUUCAAGGCUCCAUUCGUCUGUGGUUGCCGCAACCUCGGCGAGGCUCUCCGCCGUAUCUCCGAAGGUGCUGCUAUGAUCCGCACUAAGGGUGAGGCCGGUACCGGCGACGUCGUGGAAGCCGUUAAGCACAUGCGCACUGUUAACGCUCAGAUUGCUCGUGCCCGUGCCAUCCUCCAGUCCUCUCCUGACUACGAGCCUGAGCUCCGCGCCUUCGCUCGUGAGCUUGAGGUCCCGUACGAGCUCCUGCGCGAGACUGCCGAGAAGGGCCGUCUCCCUGUCGUCAACUUUGCUGCCGGUGGUGUUGCCACCCCCGCUGAUGCCGCACUCAUGAUGCAGCUGGGCUGCGAUGGUGUGUUCGUCGGUUCCGGUAUCUUCAAGUCUGGCGAUGCGAAGAAGCGCGCCAAGGCUAUUGUCCAGGCUGUGACUCACUACAAGGAUCCCAAGGUUCUCGCUGAGGUCAGCGAGGGUCUGGGUGAGGCCAUGGUUGGAAUCAAUGUGUCUCAGAUGGCUGAGAGCGACAAAUUGGCUAAGAGGGGCUGGUAGAUAUACCCCAUUUGCUGUUUCGUUCAUUUGCGGGCGUUAGAAAAAGUCGAUAUAAUGUCUUCUUAAGACUGUGUUCUUCCCCUGUUGUUUUCACCCGUCCGGACAUGAAGGAGGGAAGAUGUACUGUACAUUGUCGAUUACGAGCUAUGAGCAUAUGAAAGCAUUGUCACAUGGUCUCUUUCAGAUGUUUGUUGAUAGGACGACGGCGAUAACCAAAACACUAUAAUAAUUGUUUCAAGUGUACAUGAUGCUGCAACAUUAGAUAUCAUGGCAACAGAUCCUGCG